UUGUGAAAGUGCUCCUGGCCCGGAACAAAAAGAACCGUGGGGUGUGAGUAUGUGUGUGUGUGAGUGCGAGUGCGCGCGCGGGGCUGGCCACAGGGCACGGGAGUCGCCUGGCACUACGCGUGGCCCCAUCGCGGGUCGGGCCGGCCCAGGGCUGGGGCGCGCUCACGGGAGGAGCUGCGCGCGGCCGGCGGAGAACUUUCUUCUUUUCCCUUCUCUCUCCCUCUUGAGCUCGCGCCUAGGCCCUGGCCACUCUCCCGGAGAGAAGCCGGGCGACCCGGCCGCGGGCUCAAGCAGCCAGCGCCGGCUGCAAGUGACCGCGGUGCGCGGGCGGAAAGACGUCCCGGACGUGCGGGUAGGAGAGCUGGAACGCAGACGACAGCCCCUUUCUCUGCCCUUACUUACCGCCCCAGCGCUCACAGCCGCUGCUCUGUUUUUAAGAGAAUAGGGCAGGUGCAAGUUUGGUUGUUGCGGUUUUAGCCGCUCCAAGGAAAUUGUUCAAUGUAAGGUUUCCUAAGCAUACUGAGUGGGCGUGUUUCCAGAAACAAAGGGCAAACUUUCUCGCUCCCAAAGCCAGUGAAGUUAAACAGACUCCCCUAUGAAAAGGCCCUUGGGGACCCUAGGGCGUCAGAUGCGAUAGCUAAUUUUAAAAUAACUAUUUAACAGGUGAUUAGGGAGCGCGCUUUCUCUCCACCACCAAGUUCACCUCUUCUCCCACCCCCUCUAAAAUAAGUCACUUGACGAUAGGUGAUCCCAUCCCCUAGUCCUCUCCUUAAUGCCAGUCUGGAGGCGCACUGUCAAGAAGGGAUGCGUCUCCUCGCCCUCGAGAACCAGCGCGGAGACCUUUUGUGCCUCUCCUUGGCUGUGAACUUUCCCGCGCGCCCUUCCCCCAUACCCGGUCUUCUGCAAGAAGCGGGCUCCGGAGCUCAGAGCCCGAAGUGCGUGCUCUGGUCUUUGAUGAUGUUGAUAAAAUGUGGUUUCAAAUGUUGUCCCGAAGAGGCCGUUUUCCUGUCUGUACGUGGAAUGGAAGGACCGUGCCGGGUGAGUCCAGAGCGCCCGGGAGCGGACAGGAGGCGCAGGGCUGAGGAGAGAGAGGGCGCAGCCGGCGGGCGCAGGGCAUCCAUGCAGGGGAAGUUCUCCGGGGGGUUUUGAAAGGGGGAGCCAGGUUGAAACCAAGUUUCCUUAGCAAGGAAGAUUGUGUGUGUGUGUGUGUGUGUGUGUGUGUGUGUGUGUGUGUGUGUGUGUUCGGGGGUGGGGAGCGCGAUGAGGGAAGACGUCACGAAAGCCCCAGAACCCAGGCGGCCCGCGCGUGGGAAGGUCUGGCAAGUCUCCUCACCUCCCUCUUCAAACAGCGGGGGAAACAUUGGCUGGCCGCCGCUGACCCUCUUCCUGCGAAGGAAUAAAGUGAACUUGCCCAGAUACUGGAUUCCACUGGCGGUUCAGUUGUUCAGUUCUUUCUGCGUUCGCAUUGAGCAUUGAGUUUCUUUUUGACUUGCAGUGUGAACAGCAGCCAUGUGACCUCAAUUCUAUAUCAUAUCUAUAUACACACACACUUCCUAGGUACUUUAUGAUCCCAUCUGGAGAAAUUAAAACCCAGAUCUGUAAUGUUUAUUCUUAGAUAGUUUACCAAAAGCAGGGGGGAAAUGUGUGAGACACAUGUCUGCAAAUAUAACAAAAGUACUUUCCCUUAUGCUUGAAAAGUUGCCUGCAAAUGGCUGGCUUCCGUUUACUGACUGCACCACCUGUACCUCUCCAUGAAACUAAAUGGAAUCAGGAAUAAAACACCAAUCAGAUCAAGCAAUUAAAUACCAAUUAUGACUAUUAAUGACUUUAUUACUAAUGACUGGAGUUGAGAACUCCAAACCCGAUUGACGUAAUCAAGCUGUUUUAAAAUUCUGCUACCUAACAUUUUUACCGCACUCCUUCCCCAAAAUAGGAGGUUAAAAAAAACAGAGGUUAUGUUUUCAAAAAGUUCUCCAGUAGGUAUUCAUGGUCAGUGUUGAACUUACUUUUCUCAGUAAAGUUUAUUGCUACUGCUGGUAAAUAAUGGAGUCUUCCUUUCCGGCUUUGCCAAGUUACGCAAAGUGUAAUUGAUGAUGGUGGUUACACAAUACAUGGUACUUAGUUUGGAUGCAGAAUUGGGGUGGAGCAGGGGUGCUUUCUCUCUUCAAUUACUCUGAUAAUCCGGCAGACCCUAGAAGAUUUUAAGGAACAAGUGUUUCAAUUCUUCAGAUGGGGUAAUGGCUAUUGGGAUGUUUGGAAGGUGAGGAAAUGAAGAAUGGGGAACUCAGACAGCAAAGAGAAAGAAGGAAUUAGGCCUAUGUUUUGAAUUUUGUUUUUGCUCAUGGGUUGAAAUGCCUUUAGCUUGUCAUAGGCUAAGUGACUGAAAAGGUUACUGAGAACAGUAUAUUGGUGUAAAGGCUACUGUGUAGCUGGGUUUAUUUAUUACUGAAGAUGAUUUGCCAACCCUCCUUGCCUCUUGAUUGACACCCCUUCUUAUCCCAAAUGGAAGUCCCUGUUCAUUCUGGGAUAGGAGGAGGAGGCCUGGAGGGAGGAAGGGAAUAAAUUUCUGCUGGAGUCCAUGAGCAGAAAGGAGGGGGCAGUUAGUAGGGAUUCUUUAGUCGCUAUGAAGCAGGCAGGCUAGGCAGCUGGGCACUUGGAGGAGCCAGCAGUUCAUCUUGGUGUAAGUCAUCUCUGCUCAUUGUCCCGUAGUUUAGCUCUUCAGGACACAAGCAGGUUUUGGAACAAUGAACUUCAAGUCCCUGGCUUGGAGUAUUUCCCCUUCACCUCCCUCCUAGGUGGAAGCCUACAGCAGCAGCAGCAGCAGCAGCAGCAGCAGCAGCAGCAUCUGGUUCUGAUGUGUUUACCAGGCUGGUAUGGAAAUGCCCAGGGUGCAUGGCAGAAACCUGAGCUGCUAGUGACAAGCACACUCCUCUGCUAAGCAGCAAAAAGUUUCGAUACUGUUUGAGCACUGGGUGGCCUCUUCUGUUGAUGUGAAGCACAUGAUCCCCCCUCCCCAUUUCUAUUUGUCAGAGUUAAUUGCCCUGCAGUGGGGCAGCUCACACCUCAGGCAGUGCCAAGAAAUACAGCAGGGAAGGAAUCCUGCACAGGUAACAGGAUGGCGUGGUAUUACCUCAGACAACCAGGGGUUCAAAAACCUCAGUGGAAUGAAAUGGGCCUGGGGUAUUCUCCCUUUGGUGCCUCCCUAGGGACAAGCCUCUUUGGCCUGGCCUAGACUGUGGGCAGCUUAUAUAUCAUGGCCCUGAGUCCUGAAGGUGCAGCUAGUCACUUUCUGUAAAUGGACAGUUGACCCCAGAGGCAGUUCUAAAGAGGAGAGCCUGAGGUGUCCACAACAAUUUCUUUUCUGUUCCAGGGCACCAAGAGGCACCCUGAGAACUCAGAGGACCCACAGGCUCCCCUCAAGCAAAUUCUCUGCUGACCCUGGACACCCCUUGAAAGAGGGGGAGACCCACAUCACUCAGUUCCCAGGACAUCUGGUGGGAGAGUCUGGUGAGAGUUGGAGGCAGACUUCCUCUACUUACAACUUGUUUGAAAAUGGACAUAAAGAGGAGAACAGACACUCCAUCGCCCCUUCAGGGCCUCCUUUGUGUCACAAAACCUAUCCCCUCCUAGGGCACCCUUGACACUCCCCUAGGUGGGUGUACACAUUGUUCAGGACCUGUCCCCUGUACCCAAAUAAAUAUAAAUGAGUUUAUUUCUUUAAAAGAAAUAUUACAGCCUUGAACUUUUCCCAGCCGGAAUCCACCUAAUUUCAUCAAGGUCUCUUGCUAGCAGCCAUAACCCAGGCCAAAGGGGCUUGUCCCUAGGGAGGCACCAAAGGGAGAAUACCCCAGGCCCAUUUCAUUUCACUGAGCUUUUUGAACCCCUAGGUGUCUAAGGUAAUACCACCACCAUCCCCACCUGUUUUCCGUUCUUUCUUUGUGGCUUAAGAUUGCAUUUUAGGAGGGUUUAUAUAAUGUUGUUCAUGUCAGCAAGUCUCCCUGCCCCACCCUCACCCCACUGUCCUAUUUGGAAUUAUAGUUGGAAACCACACACACAUAGAAAAUCUUUGAAGAUUUUUUUCUGCUAUUCUUCCUGACUAGAAGAGUUGACAAGACAUAGACACAUUAAGUUGCAUAAAAUACAGUAGCGUGAUCAGCCUAAAUGCAUCUCAUUUGCACUGUUUGUAACCAGGGGUGGGGGCUUGUGUCACUCAUUGCCUCCCCCUCCUCUGCCCAAGCCAGACCAGCAGGCUGGAAUUUCAGAGCAGGCCCCAAGGCAGCAGCCAUUUGGGAAGUGGAAGCCCUAGCCUACCCCAGGCCAGCGGGGGUGGGGGGUGGAUAGAGAAGGUGUCUGGAGGUCUGGCCUGAGGGCUUGGACCAGCUUUGGCAGACCUGGGCUCUGGGAGGCUUGGCCGGUUGGUGCCCGCAGCUGGAAGUUGGAGGUCUGCAGCGAUGCUUCUGAGCUUCUCCUGGGUUGAGUUCAAGAAAGGGGACACCAAGAAGUAGGGGAACAGUCACUGACUAUAUUUUACAUCCACGCCUACCCCUUUCCCGGAGUUGUGUUCUCACCACCCACUUUGUCAGGGGAGGAGAAACACUCCUGCCUGAUCGGUUCCUGCACCUGUUCCCAGCCCUGAACUCGGGCCCUGAGCUCCUCACUGCCGCCUGCUCUGCGCUGAGCCCCACUCCUGAGACCGCGAGGUGCCAGAGCAGCGCCUCUCCCACCAACUCCUAGACGCCUGUAGGAGCUGUGCCGGAGCCUUCAGAACCCCGUGGGGGUGUGGGGGUGAAGUUGGAGGUCCUCCGCGUGAUUUUUUCUUAACUUUUUCCCAAUUGUUCUCCUGCGUUGAUUUCAACUUUUCCAGUCUCCCGGUGCUGGGGCGCCAAUCCUUUCCCACCAAUUCCUACCCACCAGCUGGAGGUCGGGGCCUAGGGUCGCCCCAGAGUUCUAUGGUGGCAGGGGGCGCCAAGUAGAGGGGCGGGAGGAGCUGGGUCCUCGGGAACCAAAGGGGACCUCAGCGGGGGCGGAGUGCGCAGCCUUGGCUGCUGGGAAAUGCCCAACUAGCUGCUGUGAGUGCCCACAGCGCGUCGUGGGGGCGUCCGUUCUGCAGCUCGGGUGACUCAGACGCCCCGCCAACCCCAUCAGCUCCCGGCUUCUCGAACGCUCUUCUGCUCGCCCAGCGGGGAGACUUCAGGGCCUGCCUCGUCAGGCCAGAUUGCAGCCCGCGACCUUCCCGGAUCAACCAAGGGCGAGGCAUGUUGCCCAGCAAGGCUGCCGCCUAACUGAGCCUCCCGGGAAACAGCCAUGACCAAAGCUCCGCGGGCCCAGGCGCGGGCACCUACCCCUACCCGCGCAGGCCUGUGGGAGCGCAGGGGCCGAGGCCGAGACGCUGGACUUCCAGCCCCAUACCUCUGACAACCCGGGCACGUCUGCGGAGCCCGGGGGAACAAUCAGCGGGCUCUGCGUCCCGGGAGCUGGGGACACGCCUGCAAGGUGUGUGAUCCUUUAAAGAUCCUUAGUACUAGUUUUGUAGGGAGCCUUUGUUACAGCUUUGUCAGCCUGCGCGCCUUCAGCAGCUCCCCCUCCCGGGCCCCUCGGUUCCCUCCGGGCUCGCCCCCAGCGGAGAGGGCCUGGCGCAGAGGAUCUGCCCAGGAUCAACUGCCCUCUUCCAGCUCCCCUUCUGCGAGAUUCUUUUCCGUUGGUUACAAUCUCCCCUCCGUGCCUAGGGCAGAUAAACACGGGUCGCCCUGCCUGCAGUAUUGGGGCAAUGCUGUCCUGGAAGAACGGGCUUUCUGAAUGUGACCUCGGGAUGCUGCAGCGGCGCAAUACUGCUACUGCUGAAUGAGUAGCUCUCCUGCCACCGCAGGGCGACUGCGGUGGGCACAACAGGGCGCACAGAGGAGGGGGUAAUCUGCCCGCCCAGGCUAAGGAUUUGAGGGUUCUGACAAAAAGAGCUGGUUGAGGAUGACACAGUUGUGAACUAACCUGGCUCCUACCACCCCACAGGGCAACCAGAUCCCAGUAGUCUUGGGUACCACUGCCCCCACCAUACCACCAUUGUAAAGUAUGGACUCCUGCUUAGCCAAGGUGCAGCUCUAGGCAGGAUCUCUGAAGGAUGCUCUGGCACACAGAGGGUGCAGGUAUGACUUUACCUGCACACAAGCUUACAUGUGCCCUGUCAUAUAUGGCUACACGUUUCCCCAUUUCCCCACAGUCUUCCUAUUGGACUUGUCUUCAUUCCUCCUUUCUAGGGCUUUCUGCCUGCACACAGUCAUUUGGAGAAAAUCAAGUGAGUGCACCUCUCCCCACAGAGGAUUCUGUAUGUUAUGUAACACACUCACACUGGGAUUCCUCAAGUUACCAUUUUGCCCCAAAUCAGCCAGCACUUGGUUUUCUGGCGGGGGCGUCAGGAUGAUGCAAAUGGAGGUGGAAGCUUCAUUCCCUGGGGGCUUUUAUUCCUCCCCUUGAAGCCCCAGUUCAAGGCCCAGGAACAAAGGGGAAAGGUAACUGAUCUCUCUUUUGGUCUUUCUCUCCCCUCACUUCCACCCCUUCACCUGCAGGCCCUCCUCUUUGAUAAAUAGAGGAAAGCCCGUGGGAUCAGAUACAUAUGUAAAUACUGCUGAGCUCGGCCAGCCCUCCUCACUGAAAAGCAGAAAGCCCGUUUCAGGUGCAGGCUGCUCCGUGCCUUUGAGUGUCCACCACUUCUAUUCCCUCAGACUGCUUGGGACUCAAGGCCACUCACUUAACAUCCUUCUCUUGUUAAAAACAUUCAGGACAACUAUUAAAUAGUUCUUGGAAGAGUUAAAAGACCUUCUUUCAGGAGUGAAACGUUUUUAAAGCUGUGCUUGGCAGAAGUCUUUAAGGCGUACAAAGUAGAAUCAGUAGACUUGCCUGAGCGAUUUUGAAAUUUGAAAGAUUUCUCCCCAUGAAAUGGUAAUUUAAAAUAGUUCGUAGAUGUUGUUUUGUUCUAUGAUGGCUUUUUCACUAUUGUCACCUAAGGAUUCUGAAGACCAAGCUACUAAGACAUUUGUUUUCAUUUGGUUAGUUUCUGGGUGAUACUAUGCUUUCUGAUUAGACCUAUUUAAUUUAUUUUUUAAUUCUGCAGGAGAGUUUUCAACCUUGGAAAUGUAAGUGAAACACAGAAUCACCCUCCUUGUGAGACCUUGAUAGGGGCAGAAAGGAACAAAUCUGGCUAUCACCACUCACACCUGGAAGUAUCCCUGUCUAAACCUGGGUACAAUGAGGGUGGUGGGUUUUGACACCUUUUAUUUUAUUGCUGGCUCAAGGAAAAUUCUUUGAAAUGAACGUCUAUACUACUUCAGUGUGCAAUGUUCCAGCAGACUUAAUGGGCUUGCCUUAUGUGGAGAGGCAGUCCUGGAGGACAGAGCUAAUGUGUGGUCUCCCAGGAAGCUCAUCAGAACACCUCUUGUCCCUUUUCUUUAAAAAAAAAAAAAAAUUAAAAAAGUUUUUGCUUCCCUCUCAAUGUCCAUUCCAUUAUUUUUUAGCUACAAUAAUGAAACAUGGACAGUAGUGAUCAUUCUUUUUGUCCUAUGUACUCAUGUCUAGUGUUAGGACCUUACAAAGCCCCAGACAUACCUCAGGUGUAUUCUGCACUUUUCAUAUCUGUUCACUGCUCACUGGGUCACACAGAUAAUUCACACUUGAUUCCACCUUCCUCUGGACAACUCUCCCUCAAACAACACCCCUCUAUCAACUUAUAGGGAAAGGAGAUUCACUUAGAGAAAACUUAUUGAAUUAAAGACCAGACUCAGUUUCACCAGGUAACUGAUCCUGGCCAUACCGGUGACUAGGAAGUCAUCACCUAACACUCUACCUAGAUAUAAACUCUCAGGAAGGAGGCAGGCUGGUGGGCACAUUUCCACAGACAUUUCUAAAACUGUGGCAACUGAGUACAUUUUACAGACACAAUUUUGAUAUAUUCCCAUCCAGCUUAAGGCACUUAAAAUGCAAUUUUGUUCACACGCAUGUGCGUGCACACAUACACACACGCACGUGUCAACUAGGGUGAUAUUAACAGUCCAUUUCCACUGGGCAAUUCUGGUGACAGCAGCUACAAUUAACAAACUUCUUUUCUGAAGAGUAAAAAAGAAAACAAAAGCCUCUCCAUCUAUUUUAAAAGGUUAUUUUAUAUUGUUUAGCAUUCUUUCGAAACAGGAAUUGGCUGGACACUUCUCCCUUUUCAAAGAACAGGUAAACUACUCUCCUACCCAGCCCCUCCCCAAGACCAAGCCAUUUUUAAAAGCAAAAAUUUCUGUUUCCAAAGGAAGAAAAAGGAACAAAUUCCAUUAAUGAAUUACAUACGUGGAAUGUGGCUUGUCUAGGACAUUUGUAUUUGUAAAUAAAUGGCUCCCUGUUUAUUAUGUAUGUUUUACUGGAAAAAAAAACGAACUCUAAUGCCUCUGAGCGUGUUAUAAUACAGCAAAUACUUCCACUUACGGUUUAAGUUCCACUGUUUCUUGGUACUCACUAGAAAGAAAUCGGGUUAAAUGGAGUCAAUUGUGGGGUUUAAGCGUCCAGGCUGACUUGGGGACGCGGCACCUCUAAAGUUCUCAUGUUUGCCGAAGUGCGGGGGGAAGGGGGAAUGGCUCCCUAGGAAUCUUAUGGGGAUUAAUCUGGGGUUUCGCCUUUGUCCCGGGAUCUUUCUAAGGCUCACCACGACCUCCGUCUGCAGCUUCAGAAGAGAAGCCGGCGCGCGAUCUCCUUGGCGGGCGGACUGGACACAGUCCCUGCCUUGCCCUGCUGCCGGCGCCCGCACACCGCGGUCUCAGGAUCUCCCCGUAGGCCUAGGCCUGCAGUUCUCGGGCCGAGACGGGGCCUGGGGGAGCGACCGUCAGCAGGCCAGGCACAGGCAGUCUACCCUGGUGCCUGUAGGGUGCUCGAGUUUCCCACACGCGGGAAGCGGAGGCGUGGGCCAAGCGCCGGGGGCUGCCCAAAAACUCCACCGCCCAGUGAGGCGCGCAGGGCCUGGCGGCGCGAAACUUUCACAAAGCCGCCGGCCGCCUCCGGCCUUGCCUCCACUCCGCAGUCCCAGCUGCCUAGACUUCGGUGUCUUCCCACACAACGAGCCCUGCCAGUGCACUAGGCUGUUCCGCUCUGACUUCUGCCCGCACAUGGGGACCCGAGCCAAAGGUUACGGGUUAGAACAAGUCAGCGCAUCUCCUUCCACGCGCAGCAUCCUUCGGGAAGACAGAGUACGCCCCCCACGUCAAUUUCAGGCCCUGGUCUGUGGGCUGGGCCACAGUCCUGGAAGACCCAAGGGGUCACGGGUCCAGAUCCGUCUUUACUUUGUCCUCCGCUCCAGGGCUCCAGGGCCCUGGACGGCAGAGAGGUGGAUUUCAGAGAAAGCCCUGGUCAGCCAGGCCUUGAACUCAGCCCCUCUGAACUCCACUGUCAGCAGCGGGGGCGGCAACUCAAUUCUCCCGCGAGGAGGCUGCACCCCCAGAACGGAAAAUCCGCAAACGUCGCGCAGAGACCCACAGGCAUUUCUACCUUUCCCUCCACAAGCCCUCCAGAAAGUUAUCGCCAGAACCUCUGGAACCUGAUCCGAAUCCAGCCUCCAGCAACUCCCUCAACCUUCCAGGGAAACUUUCAGAAGUUUCCCUUUCCUUCGCUCCUCAAUUCCUUGGACUUUCUCCAGCCCCCAGGUUUGCUCAUUACUCUGCUGACUGCCGUUUAGUCUCUAGGGCUCCACAGGCCUGAGUGUUUCCAGAAU